AUCUCCCGCUAUGGACACCUAUUGCAGGGUUAGGCCCUUAGUUGUUACAAACCUAAUUUACCCAUCCUGCUUUUAGUGGGUUUCAGGACAUAACAUUUUGAAAAAACUGCCCCACUGAUGUUAAAUCUUGCCCCCUGUAAAUCUGUAUCCUGAAAAUGCAGCAAAACGUAUAAUUCUAGGAAUGUUAUGCCUACUACCAAAGUUUAUAAAGAUGUUUGGGUUUUUUAUUUCAGAAAAAAACAUUUUAUUUGGCUAUUUUAUUUAUUUAUUUAUUUAAUUUAUAACAAACAGAUUUCUAGAACUAAAGGAAUAAGAAAUCAGUCAUCAGUGAGGAAAGUGAAUAGUUGUUUACACAAGGCACAAUUUUAUGUUAUCAUCCAAAAGAAUUAUUCUAUAACGUUUCACUUUUCCAGUACAAAAGUAUAAUAUAGAUCACCAACAUUGCAGGGGUUAUAUUAUGCUAUUUGGGAUUUUGGGUCUACUAUCCAAUUCCGAUAAAUUUUCAUAUGCAUUGAGCUGGCCAUUUUCAUCAUGACUAGGCAUCAGGAAAAUAAAAUCUCUGCUUGUGAGAGUUUCAUCCCAUUGAUGUGGUAUAAAGAACAGGUUAUUUUUGCCAAAAUAAACAAAACAUAAAAUAAAAUAAAAACACCUUCAGCAAAGGUUCUGAAAAAAUAUAUAUAGUUAACUAAUGCACAUUUAAACAAGUUCAAUUUUUAAAUAAAAAGGAAAAAAAAGUAACUGUCAUACAGGACAAUGGAAACUCCUAAUUAUGAUGGUUUGGAAUGGUAAAAUAUUGGCUAUUGCAUUGACUGAUGAUUUACAAUAAAAUUUGUAAAGUCAUAAAGCAUAAUGUUGUAUUAUAUUCAGACUAACCUUUUUUUCUCCAUUUAAGGAUGUUGAAAUAAGCAGGAGUUUCAUUCUCCCCUUGAUCCACAUGGGUAAUUCUCAUUAACAUUAAUGUGAGCCACAGUAAGUAUGAAAAGGCAGGAAAAUGCCCCAUAUAUAUCAUUUGGGACAAAAACCCCUAAGGAAUGGGGAAUAUUAAAACUGAAAACAAUAUGGAUUAAUUUGCAUCUCAGUGAGAACAUGCAGCCUUCAAUGGGAAGAGAAGCAUGCAAAGUAACUGGUAAUUGGAGAUUUGAAUAUCAAGACCAGAAUGGAUGGCUCAACAGACUCACUGGGAUAAUGGCAUAAUUUGACUGUAUACUAUCACCCGUUUAUGUUUAUUGAUGUGAGCUGGUAAUGAUUUUUGUUUUUAGAGAAUCAAAGAAUUUAAAUGAAAAAAAAUGACUAACACACACAGUAGUCCCCAAAGCAGCAGAAAAUGUCAUGCAUUGCUAUACAUCCCCCAAAGCUCAAUGGAUCAUUUUCCCAUCAAUACUAUGAAUGCAGUUCCCUAUCCUGAGAGGGAAAACACCAUUUCUAAUGGCAAGGGCCAGAUCCUCAGCUGGUGUAAGUUGUGAUAGCUCUGUAGCGCUGUUAAAAUCAAUGGAGCUACACCUAUUUACGCUAAGUGGGCAUCUGGCUCUUGCAGAUGCACUCAGACUUUACUCAGUUCCACUGUUUUAUGUGGGGGGGUUUAUACAAGAAAUCAAUAUGUCCAUUGAUUUCUCAGAAAGGGAUGGUUGCUUUUUCUCUGGCUGAUCUUGAUUGUCAGUCCAGAGAAGAGUUUUAAAGCAGCUAUAAUUCAGCUAUGAGGAUCUACCUGGAUGAUUAAAAAAAAAAAAGACGUAAGAAAUGAAUUCUUCAGGUGACAUUCCCUUUCUUUAUACUUUAAUUAAUGUACAGGUCUGCAAUCUUUAAGGAUUCCCAGGAUACCAAGUGUGAAAUCUUCAGAUUUGCCUCUUAGCACAUUUCUUUAGAACCUUUAGUUGGGCACAGGCAACUAUUUAGAUACAAAAAGAAAUGACAAAGUAUAUUUAACUCUACGUGUUUAUGAGGAAUCUAGUUUUGGGCAGGACUGGAAGUAGAAAUCCUGGGCCUCAGCUGAAAUCAUUAGAGAUAAGCUGAUUUACAUCAAUCUGGCUCAUUAUACCAAGAUAUACUACUGCAAGAAGAACGAGGAGUAUUUGUGGCACCUUAGAGACUAACAAGUCUCUUAGAUUUAGAGGAUGCCACAAGUACUCCUUGUUCUUUUUGCUGAUACAGACUAACACGGCUACCACUCUGACUACUGCAAGAGACACUGCUCUUGUAAUAUUCCCAGGCUGGAAGAAACCAGGAAGUGCCGGCAGUUUUGUGAGAGAUUUUAUUCUUAUGAGGUUUCCAGCCCAAUUUUUUAACUGAAGAGCUUAAUGCAGGAGUGGCGAAUCUUCAAGUUUGCAUCUGAAUUUCUGGGGACUUAUCAGAACCUGCCCUUCUCAGGUUCACCUUUCACUUCUUCCAAAGAAGCAUCAUUCAAUGAUUUUUAAAAAAUAAUAAUAAGUUGACUGGAUAAUAUGACAGAAUGUGAAGGACAUGAUGGAGAAUGGAAGAAACUAACUAACUAACUAAAUAAAUUUGAAAUGGGAAAAAUGCCAUGAUAUUUUACAAAAUAAGGAGGUAUCAAACCAGAUAAUAGCACAGAACGAGAGAGACAGGAGGCAUAUGCCAUAUGGAUCAUUUCUGCAGAAUAAUGCUUAAGGCUGGUAAAAAUGUGCCAAUCAUGGAGCAGCUCAUGACCACUUCACCUUAUCCCCAGAUAAAGGAGACCCAUCACAAAAUAUAGUGGGUUAAAUCCUUGCUACAUUGAAAUCAAUGACAAAUUUCCCAUUGACUUCAAUGUGACCAAGAUUUCAUCCAGAAUCUCCAAAAAUGGUAAAUUUAUUCAGCUAAAUGUACAAUGACCGAAACAUAGAGGCCAAAGUAUGACCUUCAAGCCUGCCUUCAGGUUUACAGGUACAAUUUGCCUUGUGUCAUAGAUUCAUAUUUUUGAGUCCAGAAAUGUCCACAAUGGUCAUCUAGUUUGUUCUCGGGCAUGAAUUCCUUGGUGUCAUCUUCCUACUUCUUUCAUGCUGUCCCCUACACCUUUCUGAUGUGUCCACUAAGCUCUUCCUUUUCCACCUUUUAAAUCUCUUCCCAAAACCGAUAUCUUCAAGCUGUCCUAUAAUCCGUAGCUCCAGUUAAACCAAUGUUACUCGGAACACCUCAUCUCCCUUGUUUGUAACCUCCAAGGGCACAUACACUAGCCUUUCAUGUGACUGUAAUCUUAUUGUCCUUCUUUUUAUUUUACUUCCUGUUCCCUGCCUCUAUCUCUUCCUCCUGUUUUUCUUGUAUUUGCCUAGAUUGUACGCUCUUCGCGGGCAGGGAAUCUAUCUUUUAUUUGUUAUAUGAAGCACCAUGCACAUCUA